AUGAAGAAGAUUGUAAUUUUUGGUUCUACUGGCAUGACUGGCCUUUGCUCAAUCGAAGCAGCCAUUAAGAAAGGUCUACAAGUGCGGGCAUUCCUUCGCGACCCAGCCAAGUUGCCCAAUCACUUCAAGGAUAAGGUGGAGGCUUUCAAAGGCGAUGCCCUCAAGCCCGAAUCCGUCGCAGCAGCAGUGGAGGGCACAGACGGCGUCGUUGUCACCUUAGGCACCCGGGAGUCCUUUGCGCCGACCACCGACCUAUCUGAAAGCCUCAAAAACAUACUAGAAGCCAUGAAGGUCAAGAAUGUUAAAGAUGUGACUGUAUGCUUAUCUAGUUUUCUCUUUUGCAAGCCGCACGAAGUGCCUGAACUGUACCGUCCGGUGACGGAAGACCAUAGAAAGAUGUAUGAAGCGUUGAAGGAGAAUCCCCUAAAUUGGGUUGCCGUAUUCGCUCCUAAAAUUAUAGAGGAACCCAGCCGUGAAAUGAAGGUUUAUAUUAAUCCUGAGAAAAUACCCGACGGGCCCAUUACCAAGUGGGACCUCGGUGCGUUCAUGAUUGACGCCCUAUUCGAUCCUAAAUAUUACAAAACUGUCGUAGGAUUAGUCAAUGUACCUAAGCAAUAA